GUUGAAACAAGGCGGAAAUUCAGAUUGUUUUGCUACUUAUUUGUUUCGGUGUUUCAUGUUUUACACACAUGUUCCCAACCUCAGGUUUCUUUCAGGAAUUGCUGUGCCCAGCCUUCAGUGAAGGGAACUGCGAUAGACCAUAUUGCCAUUUCAAUCACUUUGAUGGGCAAAAUGUUCCUGAGGAAAAUAUACUAUCCAUAACGAAACAGUGUAAGCCCUCUGUUGAUCCUGUAUAUAAACCGACCCCUAUCAGUGUUUUGGAAAAACGUACUGAAAAUUCACAAAACUACUUUGAUAUUGAGUAUAAUAAGAAUGCCACUUGUGUGCAAAAUGUUUAUGGAGAACCCAUUCCUGUUUAUCAACCAACUCCAAUAAGUGAAUUGGAAAAAUAUGCACCUAAUUCGUUGUCGGAUUAUGGAUUUUCUAAGGGAUUUAUACCACAAGAUCAACCAUCAUAUUCUCCUGUGGUCAAAAUAAAAACAAUACCUUCGCCUUCUCCAUUUUUAUAUCAGCCUUCUUCAGUUACAGAAUCAUCUGCCUCUUCGUAUGCUAAAGAAGUUAUUAACAUUAACGUAGACUCGGAUGAGGAUACUCCUCCGACUGUUGCCCAGGAUAAUCCUGGUGACUUACGAACUGUCUCUGUGGUUAAAGGUGUCCAAAAUUCACGAAAUGAUAAGCUGAAAACUCAUGGAUCACUUAUACAUAGUGAAAAAUCAAAGCGUAGAGUAAAGGUUUUCAAAAACAAAGAAAUAACCAUUCCUAAUGAACAAGAUAUCAUAAAGACUAGUGACGAAAAGUCUGUGGAUAGUGCAGACAAGGAUAAUGAUGACAGCAGUUGCACACUUUCUAAACGUCAAAAAAUCCUAUCACUUUAUCAAGACUUAUAUGGUGAUAUUGAUAACGAUAGCUCGGUAGACAAAAACAGUCUUUCUAAGAACGCUUCAAAGUCUGCUACGCUUAUUCCACCACACAUGAGUCCAGUUUUUACAAAGCCUGAUACGACAAGUACAGAUAAGAAGAGCGAUAAUGUUAUUGCUUCAGGAAAUGUACAACAUGAAUAUGUUGCAAGACCUUGUAUUCCACUACGCAAGAGUGAUAAGAUUCCUAUGCCAAUUAGAACUCGCUAUUUGGAUCAAUUUAUUGAAGAGUGCCUUUUAAUAUAUGACCAUCCCUCUGAUGCAUACAAGCGUGCUCUUGAAGAUGAACAAGCUUGUCAUGACAAAGCAGGUAGUCGAAUGGCAUAUUUAAAUGCUGUAAUCCAACGGCUAAAAUGUUUGAAAGCAGAAAAAAAGUCCAUACAAUUAGGUGAGAAAUCGAAAAUUUCAUCCAGUCUGACGGUAGUUACACGUCCUGCAAUCACUAGCUCACAUUUAUCUGCUUAUGAUUCAAAUAUUAAUAAUAAUAAUAAUACUAAAAAAGAUGAUGCUGAGGAAAAACUUGACCGUUUAGUUAAAGGACCUCUUCUGUAUAGUCAAUUAACAUCUUAUUUAUUAUCGGAGGAAGAUUUGUUAGCAAAUGGUUAUCCUCUCGAAUUAGUUGAAAAUGACACAAUUAUUCGUGGGAAGGCUGCUCUGUGUUUACCAGAAAAUAAGCAUCAGUUAUAUGGUAAUUGUCAAUCUAACGAACGAGUAUGUUGUCGUUGUGGUACACGAUUUCUUGUUGAUGAAUAUGGAUACUCUCUAACUCAGGGCGAAUGCAUUUACCAUUGGGGAAAAGCUGUGAAACAACGAAGUUUUGGUCAAGGAUUUGAUUUACGAUAUUUAUGUUGUAAUGGUGAUAUUGGCCAACCAGGCUGUCAAAUCUGUCCUAAAGGUCAUGUACACGAUGCUAAUAAAUGGUUAGAUAAUGAAGGUUUUGUAAUUACAUUGCCACCACUUCCAAAAUCACAAGAAUAUGAUGAAGAUAAUGACAAUAAUUCAGGUUGUAAUGUGUACGCUCUUGAUUGUGAAAUGGUCUAUACAACUGGUGGUUGUGAACUAGCUAGAAUUACUAUUAUCAAUUCAAAACUUGAAGUUAUUCUCGAUGAAUUUGUUUGUCCAGACAAUCCAAUUAUUGAUUGUAAUUCACGUUUUUCUGGUUUAAAAUUAGAAGAUAUAGAACAGGCAAAAUAUCAUAUUACUGAUAUUCAAGCAAAAUUAUUGCAUUUAUUCGAUUCGGAUACAAUAUUAAUUGGUCAUAGUUUAGAAAGUGAUUUAACUGCUCUUAAAUUGAUACAUAAGAAAAUUGUCGAUACUUCUAUUGUAUUUCCGCAUCGUUUAGGUUUACCAAAGAAACGAGCUUUAAGGAAUUUAGUUAGUGAAAUACUUCAACAAAUUAUACAACAAGAUGAGAAUGGUCACAACAGUAUGGAGGAUGCUAUUGCCUGCAUGCAACUUGUUCAAUACAAAGUCAAAGAAGAUUUACGUCGUGGAAAGUGGAAUUUUUCUUAAUAAAAUUUAUCUGUGAUUUUCAGUCCAAUAUAAACAUGUUUUGUUUCAUCCGAUUUCUUAUUACAUUUCAAAAGAUUUAUGCAUUAACUUUUCUAUAAGAAACACUUACUAAUUACAUUUGUUAUUGUAAAUAUUCUCUAUGAUAAGCCUGUAGUUAGGUAAAUAUAAAUACUGAUUUCAUACUU